GUAUAGAGUACUGUUGUUAUGAAGUGACUGCUGGGACGGUUGUCCUUACCAUCAAUCUAUCCAUCCAUCAUCUCUCUCUCAUGACAUGGGGCUGAAGAAAAAUAAAAAAGCGGUCUUUUUUUGGUUUGCCAGCUACAGGAAACAGGCCUUCCAUUAAUUGGAGAGGGCGUUUCCAACUUUCAGAUCUUUAUCUAUCUCGAAAAAUACAAAAGAAAAAUCCUUAUAUAAGCUGAAAGAAAUGAGGGUUUAAGGAUGCUAAUAAAGGAGGCAGGGGUGUUAUUAGAAAGUGGAGAGGAGGCAAGCCAAAACCUACGUGUCCCUCUCAGAACACAGAUCCCUAUGGACCGGGGGAGAAGGUUGAGGUAUUUGAUCCAAUAUUUGUUUUGUGGAACUCUCAUUCUUUUUGUUUAGUUUUGAGGGCACAGGGUUGAUUGGUCCCCUUAAGAGGAAUGCUCUUCUUCUUAUAAUGUUGGAUAAUAGUUUACCUCCUCCACGUCUUUGCUUCCUGGGUAGGAAAUAGAGAAAGGAAUGUCCAACGUUUCUAAAUGAUGGACCUUACUUCCUUUCAUUCGUUUUUGGUUAAAAUCUUCUGAGUCGUAUAGGAAGAUGAAACCCAUGAGCGGCAGUGGUGGUAGUAAUAACUGGUUGGGCUUCUCUUUAUCCUCUCAAAUGAAAAUGGAGGUUUCCUGUGCAGAGCCGCAGGAUCAUCACCACCAAGGUCACCAAAGCCAUCAUCAUGGCCACCAUCAUCACCACCAUCACCAACCCCAGCAUACCACACCUGCACCUCCUACCGCCGCAGUAUCAAAUGGAAUGCCCGGAAGCUUCUUCCUUUCUCCAUCCCAUCUUAAUAACUCGGGCAUGUGCUAUGGUGUUGAUGGAGUGACUGGGGGAAUCUACUCCGAGCUCUCUGUCAUGCCACUCAAGUCUGAUGGUUCCCUAUGCAUUAUGGAAGCACUCAACAGAUCUCAGCAACAAGGAUUGGUGCCGUCCCCAUCCCCAAAACUGGAAGAUUUCUUAGGUGGUGGUCCAAAUAUCGGGACCCAUCAUCAGUUUGGAAACACUGAAAGGGAAGCUAUGGCUCUAAGCUUGGACAGCAUGUAUUACCACCACCAUAACCAAGAACCCAAGGGUAAUAGAGAGCAGAACCACUCGUUGGAGUUCCUCCAACAACCAUUCAGGCAGCAGAGCUCAUACUUUCAGCCCCUGCAAGAAGGAAUUUGCACUGCGCUAACGGGUCAUGACAUGUAUCCAGCGCCAUUGGAGGAGGAACAUAUGGGUGAUCAUGGGUUCCCUAGCUUGAAAAACUGGGUGGCCAGGAAUUAUAAUGGCGGGAUAAAUGUUAUGGGAGGGAAUGAAGCUGGAAUGGGAUCUGGUUCUGUUGCUGCGAUUGGGUAUGGGGAUUUGCAUUCCCUGAGCUUAUCUAUGAGCCCAGGCUCUCAGUCCAGCUGUGUAACAGCUCCUCAGCAUAUCUCAUGUGUUGGAGCUUCUGAUUGCAUGGCUCUUGAUGUUUCUAAGAAGAGAAUGGCGGGUAAGGGAGUGCAGAAACAACCCGUUCACAGGAAGAGUAUUGAUACCUUUGGCCAGAGGACUUCUCAAUAUAGAGGAGUCACUAGACAUAGGUGGACUGGGAGGUACGAAGCUCAUCUCUGGGAUAACAGCUGCAAGAAGGAAGGACAAACCAGAAAAGGAAGACAAGUUUAUCUGGGAGGUUAUGAUAUGGAAGAGAAAGCUGCAAGAGCUUAUGACUUGGCUGCACUCAAGUAUUGGGGCCCUUCCACUCAUAUCAACUUCCCUCUGGAGAAUUAUCAGGAGGAGCUGGAGGAGAUGAUGAACAUGACAAGACAGGAGUAUGUUGCCCAUCUGAGAAGGAAAAGCAGCGGCUUUUCUAGAGGCGCUUCAAUGUACAGAGGAGUUACAAGGCAUCAUCAACAUGGAAGGUGGCAGGCUCGAAUUGGCCGAGUUGCUGGAAACAAAGAUCUUUAUCUUGGAACCUUCAGCACUCAAGAGGAGGCAGCUGAAGCAUAUGACAUUGCUGCGAUCAAGUUCCGUGGUGCAAAUGCAGUAACAAACUUUGACAUAACUAGGUAUGAUGUUGACAAGAUCAUAGCAAGCAAUACUCUUCUGUCAGGUGAGCUUGCCAGGAAGAACAAAGCAGCUAUUGGACGCAACAGUGAUCUUCCUUUGAUUCAGAAUGUUAGCAGAGAUCUGGACUUGACUGAAGAUAACAGCAGCAGUGGCUCUGAUUGGAAGAUGGUGCUGUAUCAGUCCCCCCAGCACAAUGUGUCUGUCUCUGAAUCACUGAAUGAAAGGCCAAUGCUUCAUGGCCUUUUUGGUAUGGAAACCGUUAGCUUAAUUCAUGGCAUGGAUGAUUCUGGUAAGCCCGGAAACUUACAUCUCUCUAACCAUUCAUCGUUGGUGACGAGCUUGAGCAGCUCGAGAGAAGGCAGCCCUGAUCGAGCUGGCUUAUCGAAGAUAUAUUCAAAGGCUCCAGCCAAGCUGAUCAGUACUCCGUGGCCUGCAAUUCCCAUGAGCGGUCUGCCGGUGUUUUCAGGAUGGAGUGAUGCUUGAGCCUUUUGUAAAGCUUCAUUAAGGAAAAAAGAAGUGGAGGGAAUCGCUGAUUUGUUUUCUCUGUGUUAGAUAACCGUGGAUUUAUGUUGUGUAGUUGGGAGGACAAAGCCUGUGGUUUAAAUUUUGGACAUGAGAUGAUCUUUAGUUGCGGGCUGCUUUUGGCCUUACCAAGUACCGUUAAAGGGUUACUACUACCAUAUUGUAUUCCAAUCUUUUGACUUAGCCCUCUUUUACAGCCUUUUUUGUCUGUUUGUUUGAGAAUUGAGAGCCUCUCUCUCUCUCUCUCUUUCUCUCUCUGAGUGUUUGCCAUCAUUAACAUUCUCUUACUUUUAUAAGCUUUUUUAUCGCAAGCGUCUUCAAC